UCACGUACUAUUCGUAAUCUGGUUUUGUUGGAAUGUGAUUGAUUACAAACAUACAUAGACAUCCCUCUUAUAGAGAUUUUACAAAGACCAACACAAAACAUAGGUGUUCAAAAGUCUUUGCACAUACACACUUUUACACGCACCUUCAAACUUUUGUAUACACACACAUAGCUUUCGGCCAUUACAGAAACAUUGAUAGCUAUCAAAGUAAAAGACAAGUAUAGCUGUUGAAAAACAAGGCAGCUAUAGACAAAACAAGCCAACUAUUCCACCAAUUUCGGCCACUUUAUUUUGAUUUGACCUUCCAAUACUUCCAAUAGAUUUCUUAAUUUCUGUUGACUUACUACUAAGUUGGUCUAUCUUAAUUUCUGGGGACAUCCAAUCUCAAGUGUUAUUUCUUACAUGUGAUAGGAUUUCUUCUCUUUUGUGCUUUUGUGCAAAUUAAACUUUGAUUUUUUUGGUUCUCCAUUUGUCUUUGAACAAUGAUGGAGCAUUCACGUACUAUUCGUAAUCUGGUUUUGUUGAAAUUCCUGCAUGGCUUAUUUCUCUUAGUCUUAUGCAUGAUGAGCACAUGUCCGGAAUCUGCAGCAUUUCCCAGCCCUACCCUGCUUGGAAACGAAUCUGAUCACUUGGCUUUGCUAGACUUCAAGAAAAGAAUAACUGAAGAUCCUCUCAGUGUCAUGAGCUCGUGGAAUCAUUCCAUCCACUUCUGCAGUUGGGUAGGCAUUACAUGCCACCGUGCCACCCAAAGAGUCUUGAUUCUGGACCUGGAAGAUAAACAACUGGUAGGCUCCAUUCCACCUUCCAUUGGAAAUCUCACUCGUCUAAUUGAAAUAAGCUUGGGAAUCAACGAGUUUCAUGGAGAAAUUCCUCAAGAAUUGGGUCGACUACGUACCCUGGAAAGUCUCAACCUAUCUUUCAACUCUUUAGGCGGGAAAAUUCCGACUAAUAUGUCCCACUGUACACAACUGAGAUUUUUGGAUCUUUAUUCCAAUAAGAUUAUUGGGUCAAUUCCACGCCAACUCAGUUCCUGGUUGAGUUUGACUGUUCUACAACUUGGAAAAAAUAAUCUUAGUGGAACCAUCCCAGGUUGGAUAGGAAAUUUUUCUUCUUUAAGGAGUCUUAGACUUGCCCGCAACAAUUUUCAAGGAAGCAUACCAAAUGAGCUCGGGCAUAUAACAACCUUGAAGAUAUUCCUCGUUGGGGAGAAUAAUUUGUCUGGUAUGCUCCCUUCUUCAAUUUAUAAUAUUUCUUCCAUAUACAAGUUCGGUGUUGCUGUAAACCAAGUACAUGGAGAGCUACCACCAAAUCUCGGCAUCUUGCUUCCUAAUCUCAUAGUAUUUGAAUGUUGUAUAAACAAUUUCACAGGAAAUAUUCCUGUAUCAUUGUCAAAUGCUUCUAGACUUCAGAAGAUUGAAUUUUCUGUAAAUGACUUCACGGGGACAGUCCCUGGAGAAAGUCUCGGAAGCUUGCGAAGCUUAAUUUGGCUAAACUUUGCAGUCAAUCGAUUGGGAAAUGGAAAACUUGGUGAUUUGAGUUUUCUCAAUUUCUUGACUAAUUGUACUAGUCUUCAAUAUCUGGGUCUUGGCUAUAAUCGUUUUGGGGGAGAAAUCCCGAGAUCCAUAGCCAACCUUUCGACCCAACUACAAGUUCUUGCUCUAGGGAGAAAUUUGUUACAUGGAAGCCUCCCAAAUGGCAUUGGAAAUCUUAUAAACCUUAUGGUUCUAGAUAUGUCUAAUAACUAUUUGGCAGGUGUUGUCCCUGUAGAAAUUGGGAAGCUUGAGAAGAUAGGGAAACUGUAUUUGUUUGAUAACAAAUUUUAUGGGCCAAUUCCAUCUUCCCUGGGUAAUAUGACUUCAUUGAUAGAUCUUUGCAUGUACAGAAACAAUUUUGAGGGAAGUAUACCUCCAAGUCUUGGAAACUGCCAAAACCUUUUAGUACUUGCACUUCGGAAUAACAAUCUAACGGGCAGCAUACCUCAAAAGCUUAUGGAGCUUUCAGCCCUUUCAAUUGGUUUGGACCUGUCUGAAAAUUAUUUGACCGGUUCACUGCCAAGUAAUGUGGGUGAUCUGGUGCAUCUCACAGAAAUAGAUGUAUCAAACAACAAGUUAUCAGGUGAAAUCCCCAGCACCAUCGGCAGUUGUACUAGCUUGGGGCGCUUGUUCUUGGACGACAACAAAUUUGAAGGAACAAUUCCUCAGUCUCUUAAAGAUUUAAAAGGCUUGGAAGUACUUGACAUUUCAAGCAAUAAGUUAUCUGGGCAGAUUCCUGAAUUCAUAGGCAAGCUUGGAGCACUUAAGUAUCUCAAUCUUUCGUAUAAUGAUUUUGAAGGCGAGUUGCCUAAAGAAGGAAUUUUUUCAAAUGUCAGUGGUGUCUCAGUUCUUGGAAAUCAUAAGCUCUGUGAUGGCACCCCACAAUUACAUUUGCCUGCAUGCCCCAAAAAUAAACAUCAUUCAUCUCGAGGACUAUUUUCCCUAAAAGUAGUCAUCCCUAUAUCUUGUGCACUUGCAUUCAUAAUUGCUCUAUCAUGCUUCCUUGGUGCUCGUUCAAUGCUGAAAAACUCAAGUGAUGGACUUGUAACUUCACGCUCUUAUAAGGAUUGGAAAUUAGGUGUUUCCUACUCACAACUUGUUGAAUCGACUAACGGUUUCUCUGUGGAUAAUUUGAUUGGUUCGGGAAGUUUUGGUUCUGUUUAUAAAGGGGUAAUUCCUAACGAUGGAACGGUAGUUGCUGUUAAGGUAUUAAACCUUCAACAACAAGGAGCGUCCAAGAGUUUCAAUGAUGAAUGCAAAGCUUUAAGAAGUGUCAUGCACCGAAAUCUUGUCAAGAUCAUAACUGCAUGCUCGAGCAUUGAUAAUCAUGGUAAAGACUUCAAAAGUCUAGUCUUCGAGUUCAUGCCAAAUGGAAGUCUUGACUCGUGGUUGCAUCCUAGAGAUAAGGAGCAAUCUCCAAGUAAGAGAUUGAAUUUUAUGCAAAGAUUGAACAUAGCCAUUGAUGUUGCUUCUGCAUUAGAUUAUCUCCACAACCAUUGUGAAACGUCCAUUGUUCAUUGUGAUCUAAAGCCGAGCAAUGUACUUCUUGAUGAAGACAUGGUAGCCCAUGUUGGGGACUUUGGUUUAGCAAGGUUCCUAUUGGAAGCAUCAAAUGAUCAUUCCCUUAGUCAAAUAAUGUCAUCGCAACUAAAGGGUUCUAUAGGUUACAUUCCUCCAGAGUACGGCAUGGGAGGCCAAGUUUCCAUACUAGGAGAUGUUUACAGCUACGGGAUACUUUUGCUAGAAAUGUUCACGGGAAAAACACCUACUGAUGACAUGUUCAUCGAAGGUCUAAGCAUUUACAAAUUCGUAGCCAUGGCUUUGCCCGACCAUGUCAUGGACGUUGUUGACCCUUCAUUGCUCCUCGACCUCGAAGUUGAUGGUAGUGUUAACGAUGACAGAUACGAAAAGACUGAGCUGCCCAGACGUAACAAUCGCGGAGUCAUGAAAGCAAAAAAGGUAGAGGAAUGCUUGUUUGUUGUGAUGCAGAUAGGACUCUCUUGCUGUGCAAUAUCACCCAGGGAGCGAAUGCUUCUGAAUAUGGUUGUCGGAAAAAUGAGUACAAUUAGAGACUCGUACCUCAAAGCUGAAGAAGGCUAAAGAAUGACAAAGAUAUGAUGCUUGUGGUUUUUCAUUUCUUGUUUUUCUCUACUUUUCCUACCAUCGCUUUGAACCUUGCCUCUUUUAUGUUAACGAUUGUUUUAAACGGAAGAAGUUUUCAUUUGUAUGACUUAAAGCUUUCAAAUUCUUAUUUGUGUAGAGCUAUUUGUAGUUGUCUUGGUUAUGUCAAUCCUAUUUAGAAUCUGAUAAACUCAAUGCUUGAGUAGUUUAGAACAUUUUAGUCACAUAUUUCUUCCCAGAUGGUUGCAUGUACUACACAAGUUUUGUUGGAAUUUUUUCUUUUUAUUUUUAUUUUUUUUGUAGCAUGUGGGUCAUGGUUGUGACGAAGGAUGAAAGAUUGCUUCAAGGCACAUAUAAAUAUGAUGUCUUUCAUACUCUAUUCGGCCCCAUAUACAGUGUGCAAAAAGGAUAUGCGACUAAGCCUUGUGGAUACAGUUAAACCCGACGUUACGCCUAUUGUUUGUCAAAGUUUUGCACACUCCUAAAACAAAGCUUAAACACUCAAAGAGAUUGACAAUAAUGGUCAUGAUUUAACUAAAAACUAAUACUGCAAAUGUAGUUUUUAGGCUUUCAUUAUUUCAAAUAAUAGGAGUAUAAAGAUAAUUCUCACUUUUUUUUUCUUCUCUCUAGCCUUGAUAUCGCUUACAUGAAUUUCUAUAUUGUGUCAUGUUCUUUCUAAAACAUUUGCUUGAGUUGAAUUUAUAGGCAAAUGAAUAAGCUAGUAUAACUCAAAACCCCAUUAUUCCAUUCAUUUAUGUUUUCCACAAAUAAAUUUAUAUUAUUAUAUCCGAUCAUUCGCCUUUACAACAUAAAAUUAAUAAAUAAGAAAAACAAAUUUUGUUAUAUGAAAUUUUUUAAACAAACGAUUAUAUUAUUGAAAAAGUGGGUUAAGUCUUACAUUUGACUAACAAUAAUAUGGUUUAAAUUUAUUUUUAACGAGAGUCACACUAAAACCUCUCAACUAACAACUGAUGAUGAAUAUUAUUAGAUCAUAAUAGUAAGCAACAAUUUUAAUUGAAACUUUAAAAGUACAAAUAAAUAAAAUAAAAAAACAUUACCCCUAUCCGAUUCUCUCUCAGUCAGCCGAGCCCAACACCCCCAAUCGCGCCGAUCCCCUCUUACAGUAGCAUCCUCUCAUCCGAGUCCUCUCCAGCUAUCUUCGGAACAUGGCGAAGCAUCAUCCUGACUUGAUUAUGUGUCGGAAGCAACCUGGAAUAGCUAUUGGAAGGUUGUGUGAAAAGUGCGACGGUAAGUGUGUAAUUUGUGACUCUUAUGUGCGCCCUUGCACGCUUGUUCGGGUUUGCGAUGAGUGCAACUAUGGAUCUUUCCAGGGAAGGUGUGUUAUUUGUGGAGGGGUUGGAAUUUCUGAUGCUUAUUACUGCAAAGAGUGUACUCAGCAGGAGAAAGAUAGAGAUGGCUGCCCGAAAAUUGUGAAUCUGGGAAGUGCCAAAACAGAUCUGUUCUAUGAACGCAAAAAGUAUGGUUUCAAGAAAAGAUGAUAAUUAGCAGGUCAUGUUUUGCUUAGCUUCGGGAAAUCAUUUUGUUUUGUUCAUCAUUGAGGCUUAGCCAAUAUUACAAUCAGGUAUUUUUCUUAGGAAACUUGCCUUUUACUGCUUGUAUGUUUGACUGUUGUACUUUCUCGUUCGAUGUGUUUCCAACCUACUCUCAUUCUGUGGCUAGUCUAGUUAAGGAAUUAAUGACUUCCAUAAUUCUAACUCGUAAUCUUUGUAUGUGGCAUGCAUCUAUGGAUGUUUGAACUCCUCGGUGUUCUUGGAGCUUUGUUAAUCCAAUUUCAUAUGUGAUUUAAGAUUCAGUA